AAAGAUUUGGGCCUAAGAAUCUAUUAUGGUAUAAAAUCACUACAUGCUGAAAGAAAGCCCACUGAAGCCCAUUCUUGCUGAAGUCAACAAGGACAGCCCUACACAUUUCAAAUUUUUAUAUUUCCCAUAUUUUACAAUACGGAGGAAUAUACGACCUCCAUUUCCAGAUCCAGCUUCUUCUUCUUCUUCUACUUCUUCUUCCUCCUCCAGAUCAGAUCAAUGCAACAAGUAGUUAAGUGAAACAAGAGAAGGAUGAGGAAAACUCAUUUGUUGAAGAAUCCAGUAGCUUUCCUCUGUCUAAUCAUCACAGCUUGUUCCCUCGCCGUUCUGAUCAUGUCCCUAACCCGAUUACCGGAAACACCUCCGGUCACCGGCGGUGAGGUAGUUCUCCGGCGGACCCAGGCAGACAUCUCCGAAUCCUACGAACUGGGUGUGUUCGGUAGGAUGAUGAUAGAGAUGUUACCGGAAGAUCUGGUGUUCACGGCCUUCGUUCCUUCGGACAGAGCAUUCGCCACAAAGCUAGGGCUCGAGCCAAACAAAAGCCGGCGGGCGGAGAACGAGGACAACCAAUACGCCGUCGUUUCGAGGGUAUUGGGGUUUUCAGUGGUUCCGUACAAGGUGGAAGAAGGAGACGUAGGGGAAGGUGAAACGGUAUCGUACGAGUCACUUUGUGGGUACACGUUGAACGUCUGGAGGAAGAAGGAUGAAGGUGGGCUUGUCGUUAAUGGCGUGGAGACGAAGAAAAUAGGGAUUAGGAAAGGGAAAAUAUUAGUGCAUUUAAUGAACGGUGUGAUUAUGGAUGCCGAGUUCGCUCAGUCCUUUGGUUCUGUUUCAGAUACACAAGAUGAUGAAGAAGAAGACGAAUGACAUAAUAAUGAUAUUUAAAAACUGUUUUUUUUAAUAAAUGUGAAGAUGUAAAGGUUCAAGCUUGCAAUUCAUCUGCUUGUUUUCGAUUA